UUACCCGUUCAGCUCUUCAGCGCGGUUGCCAUGACACCGAAUGUUAUGCAUAUUCAUAAGUAGACCCGGCAGCGUGCAACAGGUUGUCGUGGACCCCAGUCGCGAGUCGGUAUCUGUACGUGAUGGCUGGAACCGUGAUGAUGAUGUUGCUCUCCAUCCUCCUUGCCUCCCUGACCCUCCCGCAGGUGUCAGGGACGUCGCAGUUGUAUGAUAAAAUCAGAACGCUGAUGAAAAACGAGGACUUUCAAAGGACUGUGGCAGAGGUUAAAAGGGAUAUGGACGCCGAGGAGGCAGAGCGAGAACUAAAGGAGAAUAAAGAGGAGCGCUUAUUAACGCAGCUGAGGACGUUGCUGAGCCCUGACGACGCCGACGACGAUGAACCCUCGGAACGUGAAUAUGACGAUGACUCCCCGUAUAGACGGUUGGUGGACUUCCUGCAGAAGAGAGAUUCGAAGGAUGAGGACUGGUUUGAUACCAAACCACCACUAAGCACGAUAGCUGAUGAUUGCUAUUUACGGAAUCACUACCAGACCCUGUGGCCGAAAGAUUGCAAUUAUUACUUGAAAAAAAAGGACGAGGGAUGCUUGGGUUUCUGCAAUAAUUGGCUGAGCAAGCUUAAAGAGAAAUACAGCUUACCAGACGAUUGUCGGUUUGACAACAAGUAUUCGGGGUCGUCCUGCGAGUCAAAAAUUGGCGAAGGUGCAAAGAAGGAUUGUUCGAUUUGUAGUAGAGGUUACUUCUACCCCAACUGCUGCGGCUCCUGCAAACGGAGCAAAUGUGUGUGAAGCGGAAGUGUCAAACAGAGUUACUCCCCUUCCCGCUGAACACGACCAAACUUUCGUGUCCUUCCGGGAGAAGAUGGUACAUUACGGAGAGACUCGAGUAGUGUCGUAAUUGUUGUAAAAGAAGUCACGAAUUCCGGCGUCAUUGUAGUGUUUGAAAUUUCUUUCUUUCUUUUUUCUUAAAUAGAGGGUGCCUGCUUUGAAUUAAAUUAGACUAUGAACGCCAGUAAAAAGAAAUAUAAUCUGAGGUUCAGAUAUGUUUCUUUGUGGGUUGAAAUGAUUUAUGACAUUGUUUUGAUAUACCAUGCUUCGAUGUCAGGUCAAAGGACAUUUAAUAGUCAUGUUCGAGCGCCUUUUGUAAAGAUCAUUCGCCCAUAUCGUGCAUAUAUAUUUUGUUAAGUGCUCAUGUAUAGGGUACCUAUGUUAUUAUCAAUAUCUUCGUAGCAAUAAAAAAUUGUAGAUGAAAACAUA